AUGGCUGAAAACAAGUCUUAUACCAUCGUAGAGUAUUUCGGAGGUGAUAGCGGCUACCAAUGUGGCUACUGCAAAAAUUCAGUCGGGAACUUUUCUUAUGGGAUGUGGUCACACACAAUGACUGUGCAGGAUUAUCAAGAUCUUAUAGACAGAGGAUGGAGAAGAAGUGGAAAAUAUGUCUACAAGCCCAUAUUGAACAAGACUUGUUGUCCACAAUAUACUAUUAGAUGUCAUACACUUAAGUUUCAGCCUUCCAAAUCCCAUAAAAAAAUCGUUAAAAAGAUGAACAAGUUUCUUUCAAAAGGAGACUUGCCGAAAGGAGAAGGUGAAGAGGGCGAGUCAAUGAUGUGCGAUGCAGCCGCUCAACGGGAGCCCAGUAGCUCGUGUCCGUCUGAAGCCAAGUGCCCAUCGGUGUCGCAGAUCCACCAAGAGGACUGCCCCAACACCGCUCCAGAGCCAGAGCAGCAGAACACACCCACUGAAGCUUCUCCCAAUGAUACGUCUGUGCCCCCUUCAUCCUCUGGCCCCAAACCAGAUAUAUCUGGACCCGCUCUGCACCUCAUCAUUGUCUGCAUUGCACAGCAGGCCGACAUAAUGCCUCUCUCCUGGACAGUUUACACCCAGGACACCUCUCACUUUGAGCGAGAGCCGGGGGACGCACGCAGGAGAAAGUUGUCAUGCUUUUAUGAAGUGCUAACGACAGCAGAGGAGAGCACAGGAACUACUCGAACGGGAGCGGAUCCGAACAGGCCGCAAUGUCGUAAGGCCAAAAACAUCCGGAAUGAGCGCAGACUUCAAAAGGAGCAGAAAAGGCAGAGUGCAGACGGAAUUGCACCCACAACCAAGCCUCCCCCUUCAGCCUCCAACCAAAGCAACCAGCCUAAAAGCCUUGAGGACUUGGUGGCCGAGUCCCUGUUGGAUUGCACCGCUCAUGGCCUCGAGGUGAGGCUAGUGCGCUCCAAUCCCCCCUGCCCGCAGUUCAAAGGCUCUUUCGACGCCUCCUACCAGGUGUACAAACUCUACCAGAUGGCCAUUCACAAGGACCCUCCUGAAAAACCCUCCGAGAGCCAGGUGAGGCUAGUGCCGGUGAACUUUGACGACCCCCAGUUCAGUGCGUCGUAUGAGCAGUCCACGGCUCUGUACGCGCGCUACCAGACGACCAUUCACAACGAUGAUGAGUGUAAUGAGAGCGAGUUCCGGAGAUUUCUAUGUGAUUCGCCACUCGAGGCUGAACAUUCGGACGAUGGGCCAGAGGUGGGCUAUGGCUCCUUCCAUCAGCAGUACUGGCUGGAUGGGCGAAUAGUUGCAGUGGGAGUUAUAGACAUCCUGCCCUCCUGUGUGUCUUCCGUGUACCUGUACUACGACCCAGACUUCGCCUCUCUAUCUCUGGGCUCAUACUCUGCUCUCAGGGAGAUUGCCUUCACCAGACAGCUGCAGAAACAGUCCCCCAAGCUCUGCUACUAUUACCUGGGAUUCUACAUCCACUCCUGUCCCAAAAUGCGCUACAAGGGGCAGUAUCGGCCUGCAGACCUCCUGUGCCCCGAGACCUUCAGCUGGGUGUCCAUAGAGAGAUGUGUUCCCAAACUGGACCAGAGCCGCUACUCACGCUUCAAACAGGACCCGGAUGCAGGCGACGUGGCCAUGCUUAAGGACGUGGGCCGCGCUAUGGUCCUAUACAAACGCACCGUGAUGCCCUACGCCGUCUACUGCCGCAAGCGGAAAGGCUCCAGCGACGAGGAGGAGGUCAAACAAUUCGCCUCUCUGGUGGGACAGUUCUGUGCAGAGCGCAUCCUGCUCUAUAGAUCCUGA